AUGUCGAUUCUCAUCCGCGCAAACGACGCCCUCGGCAUCAACCCCCCCUCCGGAGUGGACUCAGCCCUGUCUGUACACGGUUCUGACUUCCUCUGGGCUGUCACGGCGAUCUUCAUCGUAUCCUUUCUUGGUCUCCUCGUCUUCUGCUUCACCACUCCUGAGAGCGAUAGAGUCUUCCACUACCUUUUCACGUGUGCCCUCCUAGCCGGCUCUGUUUCCUACUACGCCCAGGCCUCUGAUCUUGGUUGGAGCGCUGUUGAGCAGGUUGACGGCAGCGGAACCCGCCAGAUCUUCUGGCCAAGAUAUGUCAACUGGGCCGUUGCGUUCCCGUCUGUUACCCUCGCCCUUGGACUUCUAUCAGAUGUCUCGUGGACAACCAUCUUCACCAACAUCUUUAUCUGCUUGCUGUGGGUCGUCACCUAUCUUGUUGGUGCCUACACCACCACCGUCUACAAGUGGGGCUUCUUUGCCUUUGGAACCUUUGCCUUCGUCAUUCUUGCCAUGAGCACGCUCAACGAGAGCAGGGAGGCAGCGCAACGCAGCGGAAUCACUAGGGACUACAUGAUCCUAGCAGCAAUUGCGAAUCUUUGCUGGAUCUUGUACCCCGUUGCCUGGGGAUUGACCGAUGGCGGCAACAAGAUUGGCGUCACCGCCGGUUUCAUAUUCUUCGGUGUUCUCGACAUACUGCUCGUUCCUGGCUUGAGUUUCGUCUUGGUGUUCCUCUCACGCAAGUGGGGCUACGCUCAGCUGAACCUCGACCUCAGCGAAUCUCGAAGCGGAUGGCACGCCAACAGCGACCGGAAGGAGCCAGUCUUGGAGGCACACCGCGGCUCGUCGGUCUAA